AUGUCCUUCAAUUACCAGGGUACUCCGGUCUACAAUCGGGAUCCAGAUGCUCCAGAUGUACGGUCUACUUGGUCUUCAUUCGGACAUGCGUUGUUGGCCACGGCUCUCUUCAGAUGCUGGCACAUCUUAAUCUUCUUCGGUGCUUGGUCAACUGCUAUCUGCGUGAUCAGCCACAACAUCCAUAGUUUAGCGUUGCAGCCAACCCUUAUCACCGUAUUUGGUACAGUCCUUGGUUUCGUCAUUUCCUACAGGACAACUUCUAGUUUUGAACGUUACAACGAGGGACGAAGGCUUUGGUCACAGAUUGUCCUAGGAAGCCGUACCUUCGCUCGCACCGUGUGGCUCCAUAUACCAGAGAACGCGUAUCCGGCAAGUCAGGCACUCACAGACGAGGAAAAUAAGGCAAGGACUCUGAUUGAGAAGACAUCUGUUGUGAACCUGCUCGAAGCAUUCGCCGUCGCUGUUAAGCAUUAUUUGCGUGGCGAAGAUGGCAUCUACUACGAGGAUCUGUAUCAUUUGGUUAAGUUCCUUCCUACAAUCCCGCUUCCGCCGACAAUCCCUUCCGUCGUCGAUCUCACCAGGCCGCGUAAUAGCAUGGGUGAUGAUGUUCCUGCAUCACCACGUUCAGGGCAAUUUCACGGUUCAGGGCUCACGAGGAGAGCGCCGGCUCCGGGUCAACUUCCGCUUCCGAAUACCGCACCUACACCUUCCACCCGGGUCACGACUUUUGCGACGGAUAAUACGCUUCAUGUCGACGGUCGUUCCCAGAAGGGCGAGAAAUAUUCUACCGGCCCCGAGGAAUUAUACCUAUCUCCUGCUAUGAAUCCCCCCAAAUACUCGUUGUUCGAUCUAUUCCCAUUCUCGCUACUGCUCCGGCUGCUGACUAAGAACGGUGUGGAUAAAAACGGGGUGUAUGUGAAAGGAAGGAGGGCAGCUAGACUGAGAGCUGCGAUGCGUAAUGGCCGAAAUUCGUACAACAUUCCCCUGGAAAUCUCGUUGUAUUUGGGCUCUUACGUCUCUACCCUGCAAUCUCGCAAGACCAUCAUCGAUGCACCAACCACCAAUAUCCUACUAGCUACUCUGACUCAGCUUGUAGAUGCUCUGACUGGUCUAGAACGCAUCCUCACUACCCCAAUACCAUUUUCAUAUUCCAUUCAUUUGUGGCUGGUAACUGUUGUAUACUGUUUGGCUUUGCCAUUCCAGGUCUGGUCAACAUUGAAGUGGUUCACGAUCCCUGCCACUGUUCUUGCGAGUUUUAUCUUCUUUGGCUUCCUCGUCGCUGGAGAGGAGAUCGAAAGAUAUGACAAAAAUGAUCUUAACAUGGAUCACUUCGUGCACAAUAUAAUACGCAAGGAGCUUCGUGCUAUCAUGGCGAUGCCUACGCCUGACCCUAGUGUGUGGGCGUUCUCCUCGGAGAACAAUCUCCUUUUCGCGAGCUCGGACAAAGACGAACGCGUGCCACCCUCGGAGUGGAUGCGACGAGGUAUUCCAAAGAUGCGAGAUGCGCUUACAGUACCAGUUCAGUGA